CCCCCCAACGCCACCCUGGCCAACAGCGAGGGGCUGCCUGGCUCCCCCAAGCCGCCCGAGGCCUCAGGGCCUGAGUUCUCAGAUGCCCACACGACCUGGCUAAACUUUGUUCGCCGGCCAGAUGACGGGGCCUCGAAGAAACGGUGCCGAGGGCGGGACAAGAAGUUGCGAGGCCUCUCUGGCCCCCCAGGCCCCCCCGGGCCCCCAGGUCCCCCAGGACCCCCUGGUGCAGAAGUUACACAAGAGACUCUGCUGCAGGAGUUUCAGGAGAUGCUGAGAGAGGCCUCCGAGCGUCGUUUCUCAGGGGUUUGGGGUUCAUUGCUGCCCGAGGGGACGGGUGGGCGGCUGGUGGCUGAGGCCUUCCACUGCCGGCUGAAGGGUCCUGUGCUGGUGGACAAGAAAACGCUGGUGGAGCUGCAGGGCUUCCAGGCUCCCACUGCCCAGGGUGCCUUCCUGCGGGGCUCUGGCCUGAGUCUGGCCUCUGGCCGAUUCACAGCCCCAGUGACCGCCAUCUUCCAGUUCUCCGCCAGCCUGCACUUGGACUGCAGGGGGCUGCAGGGCAGGGCCCGGGCCCGCGACACAGUGCGGGUGCUCAUCUGCAUUGAGUCCCUGUGCCAUCGCCACACAUCCCUGGAGGCCAUCUCGGGCCUGGAAGGCAGUGGCAGGAUCUUCACAGUGCUGGUUCAGGGGCUGCUUCAGCUGCAGGCUGGACAGUAUGCCUCCAUCUUCGUGGAUAAUGGCUCUGGGGCAGCCCUAACCGUCCAGAGUGGCUCCAGCUUCUCCGGCCUGCUCCUGGGCAUGUGAGGAUGCCGGUGGGUCCCAGAGGAGCUUCAUCGAGAGGACCCCCCGGGGCCAUGGGGAGCUACCUGGUCGCCCAUUCCCACAGCCCUGUG